UCUUCAUUAGCAAAAUAAUAUUUAUUUUUGGAAUCCUUUUUUAUAUAGACAAAAGCUACAAUAUAAUUUGUCAAUUAUAUAUAAUUCACACAAGCCCAUUGAAGCCCAUGAGCUAACAAUUUCAUCUUGUUUUCUUUCCAACAGAAGCUUCAGAUCCUGGUAAGUAUAUUUUAAUAAUUCUGAUAAAAUUUUAAAAUAAUCAUUCACAAAUCAGGACAUUGAAAUGAAUUUAUAUGCUCAGUAUACAAAGAAAAAUUGUCAGAGAUGCGUUAUGGUACUUGAUUAAUUAUAAUCAAUCGGAAUUUUUUAUUGGACUUUUUUGAGUUUAAAGCUUAUUUUUAAAAUUUAAUUUAACUUUUUAAAUUUUGAUGUUCAUACUAUUUGUUUAAAUAGGUGGGUCUGCGGAGCAAGAGCUGGCCACACGCACACUUCACAUCCAGUCUAAAAGAUUUUACUUAGAUGUGAAACAAAACAGGCGAGGCCGCUUUAUCAAGGUGGCUGAGGUUAGUUCAGUUUACUGCUUUUUAAUACCAAUCGGUUUGAUCCAAAAUAUUUUAACAUGGAAUUAUAUUCUCAUGAAUGUUUAAGUUAUAUAUGAUGUUUGAAUGUAAAAGUAACCUUAAAAAUUUAUAUGCAUGUUGGUUUUUUUUCAGGUAGGUGCAGGAGGGAAAAAAAGUCGCCUCCUUCUUGCAAUGUCCUCUGCAGCUGAAUUUAGGGACUUUUUAUCUGAUUUCUCAGAUCACUACGCAUCGUUAGGUGAGCACAGUGAGUUGUCACCUUGUCAUUGAUUUUUUUCACAUCAAGACUUUGCACAACAGCUUGUAUUUUUUUAAAAUUUGUGUGUUGGUAUUCUGUUUGAAGAAAGACUUUUUUUAUAAUAUAGAAUUAUAAAGUUUUAUCUCUGAUUGUGUUGAUGUACAUAUAUCUGUAAUUUGCUAUGACCUUUCCUGUCUGUUACGUGAGAUUCAGGUAUCAGGCCAUGUUGUAGUAUAUAAACACAUUAAAAGAUGUUACUAAAACACUAAUUAAAUGGGCUGAUUAGAAAAUUGUUACUAAUAAUUUGAUUGACUUUUACUCAUUCAAACCUAUACCUGGCUAAGCGGCCAGCAGAUAGCUGUUUACCUGCUGCUAAAUAGAAAAUGGAACUCGUACUAUUAAAAUGAACAUCUUGAAAGUUUAACACAAAAGCUGUGGUCAGCCAAAAAAAAAAAUUGCCAAUAUUUUCGUUCUGUACUGUGGCAGCUGAAAAAAUCGUCACAUAAAAAAACUUACAAUCCAAUAUUUAACCAAAAUUAUAGCCACUUCCUUUUAUUAAUAAUUAAAUCAACAUCCGGGUCAAGCUGUUUGUUGAUCACUUAACAAUAAGUACUUUUUAAUCAGAGUUAUAUAUCGCUGGUUAUUGUCCCAGUUUUUGUUUAGCUAAAAUGGAUGAAGGUGGAUGCGGCUGGGAGAACUAAUAGAAAUAUUUUUGAAAGCUUUCUAGGAGAGGAUUUAAGUGAUACUGAUGAGGAUUUUACAUUCCCCAUGAAGAUCUCAGUUCGGAUUCUUCUUCUAGUGAAUCUGAUACUAGUCCUAGUGAUACUGAAGUAGGCCUACUGUUAGACUUCAAGCCAGGCCCAGAGCUUUGGCAAGGACUGACUGAAUUUUAGUCACAGAAGCUACAGAUUAUGGAUCAGAACUUAUAAAUUUUAUAGUUGGACAACCCAAAUCAGUUCCAAGGUUCCUUUUUAAAUUUUUACUUGUCGAUAACUUUUUGCCUGAGAUUUUGUAUGUUGUAGCUGUGGUCCCAAUUUAUUUUUUUCAGUAAUAUAUGACCUAAAAUUUAUAUCAAUCAAAGAAUCUUGCAGUCAUUGCAAUAGGUUGUUAAAAAAAAAAAAGAUUAUCAGACUUGGAUUCUACAAAAUGAUCAGGUUAUUUUCAACAAGUAUUUUAAAGAAUUAAUUACAAAACAAUGAGAAAUUAAACUAAAACAAAUUUUAAGUUUCUUAUAAAAGUAGGUACCCAGUACCUAAACUAAAAUUAAGCAUUUAUUAAAAAAAAAUUUGUCAUGACUUUCAGCUGAUAAAAUCUUUUUUAUUCCUUAGACCUCAGUAAGUUGAUUGAAAUAUUUAGAUAAACAAAGGAAAGUCUAUACUGCAUCAAAUUAAUUCUUAGAAAAUUAUUGAACAUUAAAUUAGAAUAAAAGUAGUGGGGUAACUAUAAAUAAACCUUAUUUACAUAGUUUUGGAUGUUGACAAUAUGAAACCUAAUGUUGAUGACGUUAUUUAUUGACCUCAAGGUUGAUGAGUGAAAACCAAGGAGUUCCUAUCCAUUAUAAAAGGAUUUUUUUUAUGCAUUCUUGAAAUAACCACCAUUUACAGAUUUGUGAGAAAGGUGCUUGAACUGGAUUAAAGUAUCUCAAUUAGGCCCUAGGACUAAUGAAUGAAAAUUUAUUGUAAACAAUCCUUGCAUCAUUCUACUGAAAAGUACUAAAUUUAAAGUUAUUUCCUCUGGUUCAGACUCUUUGGAUAAGUUCAUCAGAAAUAUCAUCUAAAAAAAAAUGUUUAUUUUUAGCUCAUCUGGAUCUGACUCCAUAUCCAUGCUUAUCUGAUUAGGUACAAAAAUCAUUAAUAAUAAGUUUGUAAAAUAAUGGUAUAAAUUAUUUUUCUUUAUUACCAUUAACAUUCCAAAAUAGUAAAUCCAAAGUUUCACAUUUAUUAUUAAUUUUAAAUUUUUUAAUGAAAAUUUUAAAUAGCCAGUCAGAUAUGACUGAUUUGUUAAUUUUCAGAGUCAACCUGGACAAUAUCCACCGUGAUGUGAUGGCUCCAAAAAAUUUACGGGCACUAAAAAUAAGUUUUAAAAAAUUACAAUCAGAAAAUGAAGGUUCAAAAUAUGAGAUUUCAAAAAUUUGAAAAGCAUUGCCCAGACAAAUAGCUAAAGCAAAUACUAUUUCAUCAGAAAUUUUAAGCAAAGCAAGUAUUUUAGUACUUUUGAAAGCCUAUAUACAGGAUAAGCAGUUUUAAAUCGGAUUUCUUAAACAAAUUAUUAGAAUCCACAAAAAAAAAAAAAAUACCCUGAAAUUUUAAAAGUCAGCUUCCUUUAUAUAAAUCUAUUCUUACUUGAAAGCGCUCAUGAGUCUAGGUGCAAUUGAUGUUUGUGUACAACACAAUUUUUAUUUUGAACAAAAUAUUUUACAAAUUUACAUAAAUUGUUUCUUGGUUGUUCUUGAAAUAAACUUUUGGAUGUUUUUAGGAAAUUGGUUUGCUACCAUUUUUAAAUAGAAUAUAAUUGUUACCUUACAUUUCAGAAAUUCCUAGUUACUUGUGGUUUUUUUUUUUUGUGGUUUUUUUACUAGGCCCUACCAAUUCAGAAACACCCCCUGAAGAUGGGAAAUUAAAGAGUGAAAUGAUUGUCAAAGACAAUCGUCGUUAUUACUUGGACCUCAAGGAAAACCAACGUGGCCGAUUUCUUCGGGUAACUAUAUAUUUUUAAAUUGGUCAUCAGGCUUUAGAUUUUUCGGAGCUAAAAUAAAAAUGUGAUGAAUAUUUCCUUCCUUCACGGUUACAUAAGUUUCAAACUUUUCCUAUUUCUGUCUAAUUUCACAAUUGUUGACACUGGUUAAUGGCAAUUUAAGAAAACAUUUAUUUUAAUUAAAAGCCUGUCUCCAGUGGAUAAAAAUCUGUUUCUACAUCAUCAAUCCUUCUUUCAUCAAAAAUUUUUUGUCAAGCGUAAUAACCUAUUUUGCUCUUUGCUGGGCUGCAUCUGCAUAUAAGAACCAUUUAAUAGAUGUGCAAUAUUUAAAUACAAAUUAUUUUGAAGAUCUUUUUUUUAUUCUAAUCUAAACUUAAUUUGUUUCUCUCUUUGAGUUUUUACAUUCUUCUUUCAUCAUUCCCUGUUAGCAUUUACACAAAACAUUGUCUCACCUGUGACUGUUUCUGUUUGUUGUUGCUGCCAUAUUAAAUUAGGAAAUGUGUACCCACUAAAAAGCAUUAUUACUAUUACUACAAACUAAAAAGCAUUAUUAUUACUACAACGCCUUACUACCUGUACCUUGCUCAAAAAGCCCACUGAACUUUAUGUAGGCUUUUUAAACAGAAUAAAAUUCUUUUAAUAAACUAAAUCAUGACACUCAUCUAAUUUUCAGAACCUGUGCGGCUCAUAUGUCUUUGAUAGGGUGUUGUUUUCCCAGUCACAAUAAGUUGAAUAUGGUUAAAUCUUAUUUUUAAAAAGUCCUUUAUUUAUGGAUUUAUGAGUUAUCAUUUUUGAUCUUGUCAUGUUAUAAACUGAACUCAUGAUGUUGAGUAACCAUCUGCAAGUGUAUUGGAAUUUUUUUACAACUGUGAUAAAAUGGAUUUACAACAAAAGUUCCUACUAUCCUUAUGUUUUUUAUUUCAAUGAAUUAGACAGAUAUGUGCCCUUGUUGUAUGUUGUUGUUGUUUUCAUCUGUCCCAUCCCAAGUGAUCAUUUUUCAUCUCCUGUUCGCCUCACGCGUUUGCUGACCGUCAGGUUUCUGAACAGGUCUCUCAGACUAUCCCACGAGGUGGUCCUCGAUCCCAGAUUGCUAUCCCUGCCCAAGGUAUGAUUGAGUUCAGAGAUGCACUUACUGAGCUUCUUGAAGAGUUUGGCACGGAUGACCAAGGUAUGUGUGGUGUCAUAGAUUUAAUUUUCAUUCAACUGAUAACAUGUUUUAAAUAACUGAAACCACAUGAGCUGUUCUAGAUUUAAAACUAAAUGUGAUUAAGGGGAGUUUUAAGAAUCAAGGAUCUUUAAUAGGGGUGUGCCGGACCCCGGUCCGGAAUCCGGUUCUGCCGGAUUUUGCACUAUCCGGUGAAAUCCGGUUCCGCCGGAUUUACAUGUAUCCGGAACAACCGGAAUCCGGAAUAUACCGGAUUUCGGAAUUUGCCAGAUUUUGUGACUCACCGGAUCAUAAUCUGAAAUAAAAGUAAUUCUCUUUCCCGAAUUCCACACGAUCACGAUACAUUAAUCGAUUGUUUCGAGCGUUGAGCUUGUUUAAUGUUUAAUAUUCCGUACAUACCAGAGGCUAGAGUCAGCACCGCUAAUAGUGGCCAAUAGUGUAGGGACUUUGAUAAGAAAAUUUAAACUNAUCUUUAAGUCUAAAUUAUCUUCUGAUGCUUCAAAUAAUGCUCAAUUACGAUUAUGAAUUAUUUGAACAAACUUCUUAUUAUACGAUUGUAACUUAAGUAUUUAUUUAAAGAAAUGUAGAGUGGUUAAAUAUAAAAGGAGGUUGAUUUUUGUAAUUUUCCCAGAGAUAACGUGACACCAAUGUGAUCCAAAUUAUAUGAACCAAAAAGUUUUCUUUACAUUGCAUGUGUGACAGCCAAUACACAAGAAAUCGCUAGUGGAUUACUUGCAUCAAUGAUGGGGGUUCGGGAAGUUAGUGAUUACAAAGCAACAGCUUUGGAUAUUAAUGAAAUACAUGUGACACAGCAUUUUAUGGAUAAAUUUCACUUUAUUUAUGUAAUUAUGUCACACGAGCUUACAAAAAAAAAUUAUAAAUUAUUCAUACAAGCUGACUAAAGCUCCUGAGCUGCUGGAUUGAAUUAUAAUUUUUUUUAAUAUUUUUUUUAAAUAGAUUUUUUAGUUUUAUUUUUGGCAAAACUUAGCACAAAACUAAAACAUAUAAACAAGUGCUUUCAUUUUUAAAGAUAUCUGCUGGUCAACCAGCAUAAUAUUUUCUAUUUAGACUUGGACACAGAGAGCGGUAGUCAAAAUUCUUAAAAGAGCAGCAAACAAUUUUUUUUAUUUGAUGAUGAAAUGUCUCAUUUUAUUUACAGAGCCACAGAAUGAGCUUCCUGAAAGCCGCUCAAUGAGAGUUGAAAAUAAAAUGUUUUACUUUGAUGUUGGCUCAAACAGGAGAGGCGUAUACCUUCGCGUCUCGGAGGUGAGUGUGAGUACUCUUUUCAUUCCUUGACUUUUAUAUAUUCUGAGGGUAAUUCCAUUCAUAAACGUUAAGCUGCUCUUCACAAAAACAUUGUUCUAUUUAUUCCCCAAAAAUAAUAAGUGGGUUUAGCAGUUUAUUUUAACUCAUUCCCGACGUUUGCGACUAAAUGCGUCUUUUACGGGUUUCGCCGGAUGCAUCCAAAUGCGUCCCGGCGCAUAGCGACACACCUCUCUCAUAUCUAUUUAAAAAUAGCAAUGAAAUCUCCCAUCCCCCGAGACUUCCGGCGAUGGCGUGGUUCAGCAUGAUUUUAAUUUAAAAACCGGAAGUUUUUAUCUUGUUUCACUUUAAAACUACGUGUGCUUUAGUACGGCGCGUCUAUAUGUAGCAGGUGUUCGUCCGAGGUGCUGAAAAUCUAUUUUUUGGUCAUUGUUCGUUAUUUUUUGCCCCGCAAAUGUUAUAUUUAUAUGACACCUUAUUCAUUUUUUGUUGCAUUUGUUCUUAAUUCAUUAACAUUAAAUAAUAUUUAGUAGCUUAAAUACAUAUUUAAAAAAUGUAAACAAUUUCAAAACGGGGUUACAUCCCUUUCUCAGGCAAAUAAAUUAAAUACGGAAGUAGCAUUGCAGGAGGGAAUGAGUUAAGCAACUGAAUAUUUAAACUUCAAUGUUUUUGCACAAUUUAACUGUCUUUGACCAAAGCCAUAUGUUUUAUGGUGUAGGAGAUAUACGGUUGUCUUGAAAAAUUUAAUCUCCCAGUUUUGAUUGGACUGUCCUUACUAAGCUUUGUAAUUGUAAGGAUACUAAUUAGUGUUUUUCAUAUUAUUCAUCAUUAGCUAUGAAAGAAUUUUAUCACUAGCUUUAAAGUGUUAUAUUAGUAAUAUAUGUCUAAGGGAAGGAAUUGUUAUAAUUUUGUUUGAAUUGCAGGUCAGAAACAAUUUCCGUACGGCAAUCACCAUUCCAGAAAGGUCAUGGGGUAGGUUCCGUGACAUCAUCUCCGAGUUUGUAGACAAAUCUAGUGCAAAGCCGGAGCCGGAGUAAAUUGGCAGCCCCUGCGUCUUGCCUGUGAUAUCUCACCUAAACUCGCUACAGACGAACUGCAGAGGAAAUGUGCUUUUUGAUUGGAUGGCUUGUGUAGUCUGCGUGCUGUGAUCACGUCUAGAUGUAUGCUGUGGUUGCUGACAGCUUCGGCGUCUAAGAUGAGUGUGGAGGAUGUUCUCAAGUACCGGGCAACCAAGCUUGUGAGACCAUCCUACCACUUCAGGAUCCGCCAUAUCUUGUCAUGACCAAUGUAUUUGUUGUUAGGAAACAAUGGUUAAACUUGGGUGGGACAGGGGAGGUUUUCAGUACUAUGUUGAUAUAGGUGUGUAGAUUUUGUAUGCAUAAGAUUUGUUUGUUCUACUUGUAAAUAAUGAGAGAUCUGGUUUAUGAAGAGCAGGAAUUUUUAUAUCGAUUCCACUUGAGCAGUGUCUUGGAUUGUCCCCCCUUAUUACAGUUUAAUCUUUGGGUGAUGUGCGACUUGAAUGUGUCACUUAAGUCGCUAAAAAGGUUUUUACUCAUCUUGUUCUGAGUAAAGCUCUGUUUAAAGAGAUUAUGAAAUCUAAAACUUCAUUAUGGACAUAUGGUGCUAAACUUGAGGUAAAUGCACAGUACUCACUGUUGUGCAAAUUCUUAUUCAUUCAAUGCAUUUGGCGUUGAAUAAUUUCUAGCUGAUCUUGUUCUAAAGGAUCAUGACAGAAGGCGACAGUAUGCCAAUCAAAGAAGUUAUAUCUGAACUGUGGGUGGCUAUCUAUUUGGUCUCCCAAUUCCAUACAUUGAAUCAGGGCAUUGGUGAUAACUGUUGAUUCACUCUCAGUUAACCAUCCGUAGCCCAAAAGCCUGGUUCAGGUAUCAUGUGUUGCUUAAGCCUGGCUUUAAAAUGGUCUCAUCACUGCGGGUGACACUCAGGAGGCACUUUUGAGCCCCCAAUAUUUUGCCUGAAAUCUCUCAGUAUUACAAAAGGCUAGCACCACGUUUCAAAAUUGAUUUUAGCAUUUAAAAAAAAAAUUAUAUUAGGUAAAUAUUUUGUUCUGCUAGCAUCAAUAGGGAUAGUAAAUUGUAAUUCUAAAAGAAAAAAAAAAAAGCUGGUGAAUCAGAUUCACUGCUAAUCUGAAUUUAGGUUAAUUUUUUAUUGUGAAUUUAAGGAUCUUUUAUGUUGAAUUAUUUGAACACAUUUAGUCAAACAAUGUGCACAUUUUGUAAAUUGUUUCAUCUUGGGUGUUUUUUUUUUUUUUGUUUUUUUAAAAUAAGGGGAAAACAAAAAAAAAAAAAUAAAAUAAAAGUUAAAAAAAAAAAAAAAAAUUUUUUAAAAUAAAAAAUGGGUUUUUUUUUUUUUUUUUGGUUUUUUAAAACAAGGGGAAAUCAACAAUAAAAAGAUACAGUAAACGUUAAAAAAAAAAUCAAACAAUUUUUUAAAAGUUAUUUUACUUUAUGACUCAACAGUUGGUGUUAAUGUAGUGAUUGUUACCAACCUUGUUUUGAAUCUAGUGCAAAUGAGAAAUUGCGUAGAUGUCAUAUUUUAUAUUUAUACUUAUAUCAUUAUUCAUUGUGUGCUGGUAAUAUCAUUUGUGAUUUUAUUCCCUCAUCAUAUCUUUAUUAUUAAAAGUCUUGUACAUUUACAUGUAACUCACUAAAAAUUGUGACUGUUGUUCUCAUGAUAUUUAGAUACCGGUACUUUAAAACAAAAAUAGUUUCUUUUGUGUAGAUGCAAAGGAAAUCAUUCAACACAAGUAAAGUUUUUGUGCUAUCAUUUAUGUUCAGCUUAAAUUUUUAGAAGUAAUUACUGUUUUUUAAAUGAGAAACCCAAGUUAUUAAUGCAUUUGACCCCUAUAUUUUCAUGUACUUCAUUUAUUAAUUGUUAACUAUUUUAAUUUAAGAAAUAAUUUUGUUAGACAUUUGUAUCUGGGUUCUAGUAUAAAUUAAUUAUUCAGACUAGGUACAUGUAUUGGUUUUCCAGGUUUUGUUGUUUAAAGGUCUUUGAAAAGCUUGUAAGAGAUGUAAGGGUUUGCUGAAUACAAAAUUCUGCAGUGGUAUGGGACCUGUGUGAGUUUGCAGGUGUUUUUAUCAGGUGUCCUGGAUUUUAAAAUGUCUAGCAUCGGUUCAUCAAACCAGAACUUAAAAAUUCUAAUUUGUAUGGUUGAAGCCUUGAACUGCAAUAAGUCUUAGUUUUUAUGGCUCCAGAGGCUAAUGUUAAUGUUACACAAUGUGUGAUAAAUGUGAAAUUUCAUUUUAAAAAAGCUCUGAAGUUUUAUAGCAACUAAUACACAUGUAAUGCUUAAAUAUAAUUAAAUUUUAUACUGUAAUAUGACAGUAAAACUAUUUGGUUUCAAAGGUGUUUCUUAAGAACAUAUAAAGGGGAAAAGACUUUUUCAACCAGUUCUGGUAAAAAUACCUUCCCUUAGGAAAUGGUAAAUUAGGCAUUGAACAGACUUUCACAUAUACUUAAAAAUAUCUUCAGAAUACAAAUUAUGUAUGCAAAUAAUAUGAUAGCUUAUUAAAGCUGAAUUGCUUCAUUGUUUUUUACAGCAAAAACAAUGCGUUUUGUCUUGUACUUGAUACUGUUAGUUCUAGGGGUGUUUCUAAAAACUGAGUUUUUGCUAUUCUUUGGAUUUUGUAAAUUGAAAGUUUAUGAAUUGGAUGAAGCACAUUUCCACUGCCAGUGAGCAUGUAGUGACACAGAAGCUACUAUAUAUGAAGAAUUUUGUUAUGUACAGGAUUUGGUCGACGUUUUGGUUCAAUUUUUCUAAUCUCUAGUGUUGUGGUGUUGAAGAAGUUCAGGGAAGCUAAUGGUGAUGUUGCUUCAAGCAGUUGGCUUUGAUGUUAUUUAGUCAGAAUUUUAGAUAAAAUUAAGGGUGUCAAAAUAAUGGUAAUUCUUUUGUUUUGGCUUAUUUUUUUCUUCAUGUGUAAAUUACACAGAGUUGUUCCUUGGAAUCCAAUGAUCCAAAAGCUAAAAAUUAUUAUAUUUUUAAAAAUUCAAGGAAUAAAAGCCAUCAUAAGCUUCCCUACACUUGUUUUUAUUGUAAAGAAGGAAAACAUAAAAACACAAAUUAAAAAAAAAAACAUGUACCUCUUGUUCAUGAAUAUUAUUUUUUUGUGUAUCUUCUUUAUUGAUCAUUGAACUGCAGUUUAUAGUUGGUGGUUGGAAAAUGUAUUCAUACUUUUCUUUAUCACUGCAAUUUUUUACCUAAUGGUUAGGUAGAGUUCACCUGACUUCUGACAUAAAAAUUAAUAUGCAGAGGGAAUUUCUAAAAAUUGAAUAUUUUUUUAAGCACUCUGUAACAACUUUGAUUUUUCCCAUUUAAGCGUGUGUUUUUUUAACUUGGGAGCGAGCAUAGUUCUAUAUUAGCUCUGUGAUUAAUUCAUUGUUAUCAUUUUCUGUGUUUGAUCAAUUUAUGCUUGGAAGUAGUAUACAAAGAAAUUUGAAAUCAAACAAGUUACCAUUUCUUAACUUUGUCAGAGGUGCUGUGUCACAGUCAUUCAUCCUUACUCAGUUGUAACAGAUUAAGCUUAAAAUUAAAGGGAUUCCUUUCCAGCUGAUGUAAAAAGUACUUUAAAUUUCAAAAGAACUUAUACAUUCAUGCAACUUAAAUGUUCAUGUGUUUUGUGCAGUGUUAACUUGAAUGACGGCACUGCUUUUCUAUUUGAAUUGUAGAUAUAGCAGGAGCUGAUGUUAAGUCAGUUGUUGGCUUCAGAAAAUAAACAUAAAUUUUGAAUUGUAUCUCGUUUGCUUAUUGUAUCAGAAAAUACAAUGUGUUUCAAAUGAAAUUGCUUAUUUAAAAAAAAAAAUAUAAAUUUUAGUGAAGUAAGUUAAUGCUUUCCACUAUCUAAGUCCAAUCUUUAAUUUGGAAAACAAUAGCCACAUUGUAAAAAAAUUUAAAAAAACAGAUGAAAUAAAGAUUGGAAAUGAUUAUUUAAUUUAAAUCUUAAAUUAUUCUAUUGUUUAAAAAGUAAAUAACUUUAUUUGAUUACAUGCAGUGUUUAGUUCCACAAAAUAAUCAUAGUUCUAAUGUCUAAUGAUGGCAUCCUCCUAACCUCAUUUUUUUCCCCCCAGAAUGCACUAUGAGCAGCUACUACUGUUAGGAACCUGUUUAUCAUGAAAAGCUGUUGCCAAUAUUAGACUUAAGAUUUAUUAUUUUUUUAAUAAGAAACGUUGAAUGCUUUUUAAUCAUUUGUACAUGUGUUGUAUAAUAUAAUAACUAAUUUUAUUUUCUGUUAGCUGUUAGUUGCUUUUUGGGUCUUGACUUGAAAAGUUUUUAAACCAUUUUUUUUCUCAGCUAUCUAAUCUUUAUAAAAAAAAAUUUGUUGUUUCAGCCAAACUUCUGUUUGGAGUUAUAUCC